ACGCACGCACCCCGCGGCCAAAAAACUUUUUCUUGUUGAGAGAUAAACAGCACAUAAAUCAAGGCAAUCAGACCCCCGGGGCCAGGGCUCUGACAACCCUGACCCUGAAGAAGAGGACAAUGGCGAGAAGGGGACGUAGGGAGUUCGAGGGUGAUGACGUGGAGAACGACAAAAGGGAUGAGAAGAGGAGGGGAAGGGAGGGGGGNGGCGAGGAGGAGGACGAUGACGACAACAAAGAAGAAGAGGUAGAAGAGGAGGACGACUACGAGGCCGAGGAAGAGGAGGAAGAGGAGAAGGAAAAGGAGGAUGAGGAAGAUGAAGAAGAGGAGGAGGAUGACGACAAUGAAGAAGAGAAGGAUGAAGAGGAGGAGAAGCCAUGCAAGUCGGAGUCAUUGAUUGAUAAUAAAAAAAAAAAGGGCGGGACGAAUGGUGCAAAGGGUGAUGACGUGGAGAACGAUGAAAGGGAUGAGAAGAGGAGGGGAAAGCGGGGGUGGGGGGGCGAGGAGGAGGAGGAGGACAACGACGACGAAGAAGAAGAGGUAGAAGAGGAGGACGACGCCGAGCUGGAGGAAGAGGAGGAGGAGGAGGAGGAGGAGGAGGAUGGCGAAGAAGAAAAGGAGGAGGACGAAGAAGAAGAAAAGUGUUAAGAGGAGGAGCGGUGCAAGUCGGAGUAAAUGAUUGAUUAAAAAAAAAAAAAAAAAGAGGGUGGGAGGAACGGUGCAAGUCUGACUUCCACUGCUCCCCCCACCCUCUUCUUUUUUUUUUUUAAUCAAUCAAUCAAUAAAUAAAUCAACCAAUC